GUGUGAUCUACCAUUACCCGGUUUUCUUAUUAGCCUGCAUCUCAGUUUUUCCGAGCAUGAAUAGAAAGAGAGUUGAUGGCUUGAAGAGACCAUCGAGUACAACAUUUAAAUCACCUUUCCAGGUGCCAUCAAAGAAAGCAAGCGAUGAUACCACAAAGAAAGGGGUAGAUGAAAAUCUGGAGAAGAAAUUAGAGGCUAUCAACUCUGAAAUUGCCGAGUUAGAAAAUAGGGGUUUAAAAAUUGAGAUGCUGCAAACUCACAUAGAUAAGUUACACCAUUACAAUGAAUUAAAGGACUGUGGUCAGGUGAUACUUGGUAGGAUAGCUGUUUUUGAGGGUGUCAGAACAAAAGACAUUUAUCCCCGCUAUAACCUUCUACUGGAUGACUGAUUGAGGCAACAACAAAUCUCAUGCUUGUACGAAUCUAACAUACAAUGACAGUGCAUUGUGUUCAUUCUUAAGUUCCUUUCAUUAUGAUUGUUACAUACCUUUACACGUGACUUGGUACUGGUAAAUAAAGAUGAAGAAAGAAUCAAA